GAUGGCUCUCGACCCUCAGAUGGAGAUUUGGGUGAUGGCCAACGAGGCGACGCAUGCGGGGACCGCGGAUGGCUUCUGCUGGUCUCGGGCUUUGUCUUGACUUGGCUGCUCACACUCUUGGUGGCCUUGCCAGUGACGACGAAGCUCCUGGCUUUGGCCGCUCCUGGCUGCUUGCUCGGGUUGCUGGUGGCCAGGGACGUGGGCAAAGGCGGUGACAAAUCGAUCCUGGUCCAGGGCGCCCUGCUCUGGUUGUGGUUGGCGGUGGUACCUUUCCUCGACGAUGGCCUGCUCUGGAAAUGGCUUCUGCUACUACCCGGCCUGCUCUCCGUGGCUGCCGGCGUCCAUUUUUUUUGCCGGGAGAGGCGUGCGGAUGCACGCUACUCCCGGCUCUCGCGCGCGGACCCGGAGGAAGGCUCGAACGUGGACCUGACGCCAGGCGAGUCCUGGAAAAAGUGCGGCUGGCUCCUGCUGGUCAUGGGCGUGGUGACGAUGUGGCUGACAGUGCUGCCCGUCCUGCUCCCCGUCACCGCGCAGCUCGUCUUCGCAGCCGGCUGCUGGGCCCUUUGGCUUGCUGUAUAUGUGAGAAAAGUGAGCGACAAGCGGCUGCUGCUGCCAGCCACCCUGCUGUGGCUCUGGCUUUCGGCGCUACCCUCUCUGGGCAACUUGGCCUGGUGGCAGCUGGCCCUCCAACUUCCGGGCCUGGGACUCUGCGCCGUCGGGGUGGCCAUGGCAGCGCAGGAGCCUCGAGCAGAAGGCGACGUGCAUGUGGGAGAAAGUGACGAGGAAGCUCGUGAAAGGAGGGCUCAGGCCCGAAAGGCUGCUGGAAGGAGCUUGGCCUGGAGCUGGGGCGGCCUUUGGGUUUCUUGGCUGCUGUCCACGGACUCGCUCCUGCCCAUCUCUUGGCCUCUGGCGGUUGCCGCACUUCCCGGCCUCGCCUUCGGGCUCUACAUCGUGGGAAUGGCCGCCACAGGAGGGGCCCCGCCUGAUGGUUUUAUUUUCUGCAUCAUUCAUGCGGGUUUCGCGUGGCUCGGAAGCCUGCCGGUCCUUGUCGCCGCGGGCAGCUGGUGGUGCCUCUUCUUUUCGCUGGAACUCUUCGUCUUCACCACUGGCGCUGCGAUCAUGAGCGAGGAUACGGAUGUGGUAUCAACGCUGAGAGGGAUUCAGAUUGAUCCUGUUGCGCUCACUUUGCUCUUCAUCGGUGUGUCUUUGCCGUCUUUGCCCGUGCUGGCGCUGUGGGCCUCGGCAGACUGGGAUAGACCGUGGACUUGCGACCACGCGCCAGCCCCGAUUUGCGAGACCUGGCCGUGGCCCGCGCUGCUCUCACCGUUUCUCGUGGCGGCUGUCACUUUCAGCGUGGAGCUCGUCCAGAUCCACGUCAGAGAUCGGUUCGAACUGACGCGGGGCGAUCUGCUCAGCCGGGCUCUGGUGCUUGUUCUGCUGGUGGCCACGCCGGUGGCGUGCAUGUGGGACUUCGAAUCUGCCACCAACUGGAUGGAAGCUCCCGACUUGAAUCUCUUGGAUUACAUGCAUCUCGCGAACUACACAGGCAUUUGGAAUCUGAAAAGCUUGCGAUUGAAGGUGCAUGCCGGGCAGUGGCUGCGAAAGAUGCCUGAGCCCAUAUGGCCGAACGCCACGGAACUACAGCACCCGCCGCCGCACCGCGGCGACUUCUGGCUCAGCUACAUGCUCGCGAAGUUCGGCCUGGUGGUCGCCAGCACCGCGCUGCUGCUGCAAUUCGCCUGCGGCCGGACCCCGCAGCCUUCGCCCGACAGCCAAGACCCACAACCGGAAGGUGCCGAAGCGGAGCAGGAGCGCACCACCAGACCCUCGCAAAAUGAGGCGGCCCUCUCCGACAUAUCUUUGGAGAUGCUGGUAUGGGUGCUGGUGCCCUGUUGGUUGGGCCUCUGCACCAAAGUGACGCUGUCGGCAGGCAGUGCAGGGCAGCUCGCUGCAGGCACCGGCCUGCCGUGGGAAGCCUACGACGUGCUCUUAACUUGCGGGCUGGCCCUCUUCCUGAUGCAGGCCCUUGCCUUGCGGGCGCUGGGCUGCUCGAGCUACGGUGCAGCGGACGUGGCGGUGGCCAGCCUCAGUCUGGUGCCGUUCUUAGGCGAGGCCUGCGACUCUCUGAAGGAUUCCGUGCUGGCGGCACAAGCAAUCGCCUCAGACACCGGCUGGGUGCGGGCAAUAGGCUGGGGCGCGCUGGGCUACCUCUGGGUGCUUCACCUGGCCAUCCUGCUGCCGAACAAGUCGACGCGCCUGGAGCUGUGCAGGGGCUACUUCGCCCUCUUGUUUCUGAAGAGCAAAGUGGGCUCUGGCUACAGUCUUUGGAAGAAGCUCUUGCAGCUAUUCUACAAACAAAGCACACCCACCAGGCGGUGGGCAAUGGUGCUGGAAGACGCUCCGCAAGGCGUCAUCGCCUCCGUCAUCUCUGUGGCCGAUGGCCUGAAGCCCUUUGCGCUGAUUGUGAACCUGGUGCUCCCCUUCGCCCGGCUCUUGCUCGCAUGGAUGUACCACGACCACGUUUCCUGGGAGGUGCAGGACUGGCUGAAGAACGAGGCGCUGGACGCGUACUCUGCUGGGCGCCUGGCCCUAUGUGAUGACUACAUGUCUGCGCUACAUCGGCUGGAAGGGGUCGCCCAGAAGAGGGGCUGGGGAAGCGUCCUCGCUGUUCGGGAGCAGCUGCAGACUUUGAUUCCGACCAGGAUCGCGGAUGACGAAGAGAACAGCUGGCUCCAACACGGCCCUCCCGGGCCCUGCGAAGAGCUUCUGCUGAACCUUUACCGCUCCGACCUUUGGAAGUUCACGAAGGAGCUCCCGGAGGCUCGGCUCUUGACUCUCACGGCGCCGCCGGGGCGCCUGCCCCGCAGAGUCGGCCUCUUUUUGCGGUACUGCGACCUGGGAGACGAGUGCUGCCGAAUUCUCGGCGAGUCCCUGCGGCAGAUCGGACCAGGCUGCGAGGAGCUCGUGCUCGACUUGUCUUUCAACGCGAUCACCUCGGAGGGUGCAGAGCUCCUGGCGGAGGGCCUCGAGAAGAUGAGGGUUCUGACGAAGCUGAUGCUGCGUCUGGGCGGCAACCGCGAGCUGGGCGUCGCCGGCUGCCGGGCGCUCUGCCGAGGCCUCCGUCAAAUGCCGGAGCUCCGGAGCCUCGAGCUGUGGUUGAUGGACACCGGCCUCGGGGCCGAGGCCUGCACUGCCCUGGCCGCGGCACUCCGAGAGCUGCGGCUCCAGGAGCUUGGGCGGUUUUGGGACGCGGUCGCAGGUGGCGGUAGGGGUGGCGGCGCCGAGCUGUGCCAUGGGAUUUCUAGUUUUAGAGACACAUAUUUGCGACAGAUUUUUUUUGCAUUCCCGAGACCUCCCGAAACAUCCUUUCCAGGAGCUCAAGCUGAUCGUAAAGGACAACCGCAUCCCCCCGGAGGCCUUAGAGGACGUGGGACCGGCGAGAGUUGUUCGGAUCGUUUUUUGGAGGCUCAGGCCGUCCAGCUGCACGGCAGAGCUUUUUGUGCAGGAGCUGCGGCGCCAGCUCCAGCACAUCCAUAA